AUGCCUCCCACAGACAGCUACAACACCAUCAUUAGUCCCGGAGGCAGUUUCUUCCACAGCCAGUUCGAUGAGCUCAAUACAGGUACCAGCCUGCAGAGCGGAGCUGAUUUGAAUGCGAACACUCCACGACAACAAACACUUCCGAAAUUGAAUAGCAAUUAUGUUCCAUUCCUGGAAAGAUUAGACAUUCUCAGAAGUACGAACCUCGAUACCAUGGCGUCCAGGCCAAGAGCUUCCCCCGGAGUAAGCAAUCGAUAG